UUACAAUGAGAUUUGGAUCAGUUGUCAAAGUGACGUUUAAAAUUAGGUUGGGAAAUUGAAAUUGUUGAUGGGUGUAUUCGACGUAGUCGUAUACGGAAAUAUUUAUUAUUAAUAAUUAUGUCUCAUCAAACUGGAAUACAUGCAAAUGAAGAAUUAAAGAAAUAUUUCGCAAAAUCGAGAAAUGGAAAUGUUCGGGUCAUAAAAGUAUCAAUAAAGAAUGAAGAGUUAACUCUUGAUGGACACCACUCUGUAAAGAAUAAUUGGGAAAAUGACUAUGAUCAAUCAGUUUUACCCUUAAUUGAGGAUGACCAACCUUGCUAUAUUUUGUAUAGGCUUGAUUCGAAAGUUGAUAAAAACUAUGAAUGGCUAUUCAUAAGUUGGUCACCAGAUACUGCUCCCAUUAGACAAAAAAUGCUUUAUGCUUCCACAAAGGCCACUCUCAAACAAGAAUUUGGGUCUGCUCAAGUCAAAGAAGAUUUACAUGGUACUGUGAAGAGUGAAAUUACUUUGAAUGGUUAUAUCAAGUAUAAAAAGAAUGCUAUUGCUCCCGCACCUCUAACUUCAAGAGAAGAAGAAUUACAAGAAAUAAAAAAGUCUGAAGUUCACACAGAUUAUAAUGUUGAUAGUAAACAGCAGACUUUAGGAGGAGUGUCAUUUCCUAUAACAGCAUCUGCGAAAAGUGCUGUUGAAGACAUGCUAAAUGGGUUAUACGAUUAUUUACAGUUCAAAAUUGAUAUGGAGAAUGAAAAAAUAGAUAUUAGUUUCAUGGGAAAAGUAACAAUUGAAGAAUUACCAACAAAGGUUCCAACAGAUAGUGCACGUUACCAUUUGUUUAAUUUUAAGCAUAACCAUUUAGGGUCAUGCAUAGAAACUAUGGUAUUUAUUUAUUCUAUGCCAGGAUAUACUUGCCCAAUUCGAGAAAGAAUGUUGUACUCUAGUUGUAAAAAUCCCCUCAUUAAUACUAUAUGUAGUUUAGGCCUAAAUAUAGAGAAAAAGAUUGAAAUCGAUUCAGGUGCAGAACUCACGGCCUCCUAUUUAUAUGACGAAGUUCAUCCUACCAAAACUUCUAAUCUUCCAAAGUUUGCAAAACCAAAAGGACCACCCAAUCGAGGUCCCAAAAGGAUGACUAAACCGCAACAAAAAUGAACAAAUUUUUAUUAGUGUAGAACGACUGGUUGUUAAAAAAUCUAUGUCCAUAGAGUGAAUUUCCAUAUCGAAUUUACCUAGUAGAAAAAGAUAAUUGUCUGGUAUUCAAUCUUUUUUAUUUCCUAUGAUUCUGGUGCUAGCUCUUGAAUUAGGUCAAUAUGUGGUGUUUGAAGGCUUUUUAUAUGAAUGCUUUAAUUUAAAUUUUGUAAAAGAAUUAUUUUUAUACAAUACUGCUUUUUCAAAAAAUUGCUCAACUCAGAUUUUAUCAGUAUUCAUUCUGUAUUUUUUGCAAAUAAAUUUGUUUAUACUUCGAA